AUGUUCAAGUGUUUAGUGGCGUGGUUGAUACUUUUGAGUUAUUCUUGCGAAUGCUCGAGAAUUUUGGCUGUGAUUCCUACCCCAUCCUACAGCCACCAAAUUGCAUUCAGAAAAAUAUGGGCGGAAUUGUCCAAAAGAGGCCAUCAGGUUACAGUUUUGACCAGCAAUCCAAUACGCGACCAGACUUUGACAAACUUGACCGAAAUCGACAUAAGUUACUCAAAGGAUGAGUUAUGGGUGAAAUAUGACGGCGACCAUCAGUUGCAAGCCGUGGAAAAUGGCGUUUUAAACAUAUUGGAAUUGUUUUAUGAUUUCAUUUAUGACGUUAGUAAAUCUGUUCUCAGCAGCGACUAUUUUCAAAAUCUCAUACAUAAUAAGGAAGAAAAAUUUGAUGUGGUUUUAGUGGAAUCAUUUUUUCCAGAAUUUUACGUACUGGGGAAAAUAUUUAACUGUCCUGUCAUAGGUGUAAGCUCUAUGGAUGCACCCACAGAUUAUCAUAUGUUUAUGGGAAACCCAUCCCAUCCAAUAAGCCACCCAGAUUUAGUCCUACCAUUUUACAGGAAUCUAAAUAUAAUUGAAAGAAUUAUAAGCACCAUGUUCAACAAUUUAAUACCCACUUAUAAAUAUUUUAAGGUUGAACUUGAAAAACAAAAAUUGUUGGAUAAAUACGUCGACUUUAAAACCAACAUACUGGAUCUUAAAAAAAGUUUGGAUUUGUUGUUUGUUUGCUCACAUCCCCUUUUACAAGGGGUGAGGCCUUUGGGAGCUGCUACAAUAUCAAUUGGGGGCACUACGAAUAUUGAAAAACCAAAACCUUUACCAAAAGAAAUACAAGUGUUCAUGGAGAAGUCAACACAGGGUGUAAUCUAUUUUAGUCUUGGUACCAAUGUAAAAAGUAAAGCUUUGGGAGAGGAAACAAUUAAUAAACUACUUUUAACUUUCAAGAAUAUUCCUUACGAUAUUUUGUGGAAAUUCGAGGCGAAUAUUACCAGUCUGCCGAAAAACGUCAUGUUACUCAAUUGGGCGCCUCAGCAGGACAUAUUAAGACAUCCAAAAACAAAACUGUUUAUUACACAAGGAGGUCUCCAGUCACUUCAGGAGUCGAUAUUCUUCGAAAUCCCCAUGAUGGUUUUUCCAUUUUUUGGGGAUCAAAUGCACAAUGCUAAAAUGAUCGAACAUAAAAAAAUUGGAAAGUAUUUCAAACACAAAUCAUUUCAUCCUUUGGAGUUUGAAAGUGCCAUAUUUCAACUUAUAAAAGACCCCAAGUACAAAUCAAAUGUCCUAAAGCUAAAGCAGUUGAUUUUGGACGAGCCAAUGUCUGGAGUGGAAAAAGCGGUAUGGUGGACCGAAUAUGUAAUAAGGCAUAAGGGCGCCAAACAUUUGGCAAAUCCCAUUACUGAAUUGCCCUUAUAUCAAUAUUACCAAUUGGACGUUUAUUCUAUUUUGGGUGCACUUUGUAUUUUAAUUGUGGUUAUGAUCCAAAAAUCCGCCAAAAUUGUAUUUCAUUUUUGUGUAAAAUUGUUUGGCCGAUUCAUAAUAAAAAAGGAAGCUAAAACUGCUAAGAACAAAAAGUUAAGAUAAUAUAUUCGUUUUAGAAUACUUUAUGUUACAAUAAAUAAAAAAAUUAUCAGUACGUACGUGAAUGGUUUAAUUUAAAAUUUU